AUGUCGAAGAUGGCUGACAUCAAGAAGAAGAACCAGCAACUAGAGCAGGCCAUCGGCAUCGAGCAGGAGGAAGGCGCUCGCGGCUUCAUCGAUAGAUGGAUCAAGGCUUGUGAUGAUUAAGGCUUGUGCCGCUUACUCAACAUACUAACUCAUAAUAUUCAUCUUAACAAGUAGAGGCAUCUUGGAACACGAACAACACUAAGGGUUAUUUUGUUGUAAGGGAAAAUGGCUACCAAGAACAAGAUGCCCUUCAGGAUGAGCAUCGGUAAGGUCUAAGACGAAGUGAAUCGGGCUCGGUUGGAGUGUCGACGCAUGUUCGAAGAGAUCGAGUCAGUUAGGAGACAACGCGAGAUCUUCAAACUGAACUACCAGACUGAAGUAGCCUCACACGUGGCAACCUGCUAUAGGGCGCUGCGGUUGACAGCAACGGUGGACGAGAAGGACGUGAUGGCCGCUUUACAGCCUGGCUUGCAGGAUUUAGCUCAAGAUGUGGAAAUGGCGGUGGCGGACGAUGGAGAAGGGCCAUUAGAUCCAGAUUUUAGAGAGCAGAUGGCCGAUAGAUCAAACGUGAACCCAGAUAAUGUGCCGAGAGUGGGCGAUGGUAGAAAUCUCUAUUUCUUGGAGAAUUUCAUGUUCGGUCGGAUGCUUUUGAAUUGAGAAAUAUAAUUACAAUUAGAGAAUCAAUGGUAAUCGCUUUCUUACGAUGAGCCUCUAUCAGUCCGUAGAAUUAAUAUCCUGAUUUGUCCACACUCACUGCUUUUUCGUGAUGGAUUAUUUUCAUCUGACACCCAUAAAACCAGAUAUGUCCCGGACGACCAAAGUUCUAGAGCAGCAGCGCAAGGAACUUGAGUCUUGGUUAGUCGACUAUGUCCAGGACGAGGAAGAUUGGCUUAGACAGCGCAGAGACCAGAAGAAGGAGUUGACCAACUUACGGGAUCAAGUGCAGCAGCGAAAUCAGACGCCUGCCAUGUACCAGGUCGAACAAGCCAGUGGCGAAGUCGUUAGGAUACGCGGAGACGGCUCUCUUGCCAUCCCAACCUCAGCGCAAAAAGAUGAACAAGCUAUUGCUACUAGUAAACCGAGCACGCGCAUUCCUCCGGGUGCGAUGAAGCGGAUGUCUCAGCAAGGCCCGGUGAAGACGCCGUUUGACCCGACGGGCAUGUUGUACAAGCGGCAACCGAAGCCAUCGCCAAACAAAUUACGCGGCACAGGUCUACAGCAGCCGCGUUCUUCAGGAAUUCAGCCAGGCUUUGACCAUAAGACUGGCCUUUUGGUCACAGGCGGAAGUAGUUCUAGUACAGCAGGGAAACCGCCACGGAGUGCAACUAGAAGUCGAGGCGGCACUGGCGCAGGAGGUGGUUUGACACGAGACGCGAUGUCACCAGAUGGAAGAGAGCAAGCUGAUCAUGCUGGUGAACAUCCAACUACAGGUCUAGGAGGCAGCUUAAGUCCAACGAAACGUAUGGAUUCGAGUGGAACAGAUUUCAAGACUGUGAACCAGAUGGGUCUGAGAAGUACGACUGGCUUUAGCAAAUUGAAAGAGAAGCGGAAGAGGAGUUACCUGCGAGACGACGAUGAAAAUGUCUUUAUACCUUCAGUGGAUCCUCCAGAUGGAGUGAAGCACUUUGGGGUAUAGAUUUGAGAUUUUUGGAGGCGUCGUGUCCUUCAUGUCGAUGACAAACUCAUAGUCGAUGUUGAAGCCAAGCCACGACUCACUGUUGGAUCCUAUAUUCUUGACUAUGACUCUAUAACUAUAUCCAUUUAUUUUGCCAGCCAUUUCAAAAGUCUACCUGUCCAUUCCAACCUUCAACAGCCCCGAAAGCAAGCUUCGCCUAAGCCGUCUCCGCGCAGUGGCCAACGUGGUGUACCGCCAGACUACGCCGAAGACAACGCAGAUACGCAAAUUCCACCUCAUGGGUUUGGGGGUGAGGGUGUCCAUGGAAGGACCAUCCAUAUGGACGGGAGCUUCGAGAGACGAGACUGGCGCACGUUCAUAGACUGGAGAACGGAAAGCACAGAAAUGCCACCGGAAGUUAUGGGAUGACAUGCACUUAGCAGUGAUCCUAAAAUUUUGUACUAUUUCUAGUAGACAACACCUAGAAUGAAUGACGCUCAAUCACGUUCAGGUAAUUUGUAGUGAUCAAAAGAAGUGUUUCGUUGUAGCAAAAAUUGAUCUACAUCGAGUUAAGGAUCUCUCUAAUGUCCGCGACCCAAAGAGAGCGCACAUGAGUACGAUGUCUCCGGAUCUUAUCCCUGAGAAUUGGAGUCGGAAAGAAGACCGUAUUCCCAAGGACUGGGAUGUUAAUCAAGAGCUUUCUGACCUCCGUGCCGAACAGGCAGAGCUGAGACUCCAGCGGGAGAUGCAAGAUGCGGAUCGAAGGGGAAAUUUGCAGAGACAGUAUGCUUCACGCAAUAGUCCUAGACCCAGGCAGGCAGAUCGAGCGCCUAGGUUCCGCGACAAGAGUCCGAACGAGAAGUCGAGAACCUCUAUAGUGCGGCAUAAUGGUGUGAUGGGAGACGAGAACCCAUUAGCGGAGGCUCAGGGUUUAGGUAUCAUCGAGCAAAUGGUUCUAGAAAGAGCACCACCGAAUGCGAAGCCUCGAGACAUAAGGAAUACGCUGAACGAACUGCAGGCAGAGUUUCCGCAAAUAAAAGACGAACCAAUAUUGGGAAGGCCAGGUCGGACGAAAAAAGUCGGGAAAGAAGAAAGAGUGAAGCCAGUGUUAUGAAGAAAUUCUAGCUCAAGAAACGCGGCAUUAAUAGAGACCGAAUCUUCUGAUAGUCUUUUUACUUGUUGUUGUAACUAAUCACACAGAUGAACCGCAAGCGCUUAGACCACGAGCAAUUCCUCGGGACAAUGUAUCUUCUUGUUCUUCUUCCACAUAAGUACAACCACUAGCUCUAACGGCCGCCGACAGCGACAGUGGUGCCGAAAGCGUUGCUAGGAAUCCGCGUGCUGCUGGUGCGGUCCCAAAAAUAGGUCAGCUCGACGAAAAUGGAGACCCUGUGGAAGAAGCUUUGCCCAAGCCGCUAUCCAGGGAAACGAUCAAUACCUUGAAGGAGACCGAUCAAGAUAGGUCAAAUCAAGUCAGCGAAAAAAUCAUGCAAAGGGACUACAAACAAUCUCUAGAAAGUAUAGAGGAGGACAAAAGACAGACGAAGGAAAGAGAAAAGCGGAAUGAAGAAGCAUUGGGGAAUCUGCAGGAAAGGUACGAGAAAGAUGCGGUGUUAAGGAAGCACUACACCGGGGGGAAAUGGAAGCCGCCAUAAGCAGUAUUUUUGCGGAAACAGUAGUACACUGGAGGGAAAUGGAAACCGCCGUGGGUGGCCUUCAUAUUUAUGGGGGGAAAGAAGGGGUGGUUAAAAAGUUUUUCUUUUUGCUCUUCAUGUUCAUCGUUUUUAAUAAUUAUCAUAUUGCAUAGAAAACUGUGCAUGUUCUUCCUCAUUAUUUUCAUAAUUUGUCAUGUCCGCCUGGGGGGGUAUUUUUGCCUUCAAUGUACUUAUUCGACUACACGUCGUCGAAGUGGUGAAUGGUUAGUUUCGUAGUCUUACCGUCUAGUCGUCUGAGCAAAAAAGAAAAACCUCAAGUCAAAGUCAAGCGCAAACCUAGAAAAAAAGCUUUUAAAUGUCUAUUCCAGUAAACAAAAAUUACAUGUU